AUGGAUUACGAUUCUUUAGCAAAUUUAAAGCAAACUGUUAUAACUCUAAAGUCAGAGAGAGAGAACAUUUUUCAAAGGUAUAAUAAUGAAAAAAAAUUACUUGACCAAAAGAAUUCAGAAAUUCAGUAAAAGGAAGCAGUUAUAAAAUAGAAGAAAGUAAUAGUUUAAGACCUAAAAAAGAGACUUUAAGAUUACGAGAAGUUGUUGUAAGAAUCUGAAUAAACAGUGUUUAAUAUUAAAGAAACAACAGAUAGAUUAUCAGUUGCCUUACUAGCUGAGAGUGAAUAAAUUAAAAAUAUGUUAUAGGAUUAUUAAUGA